AUGGGUGUCACAGAAGAUUCAAAGGACCUUUCUAGGGUUCAAAGCCGGGAGAAAGAAGGAGAGACAGCCAUUGUCUCUGAAAAGUAUGCUGAUGUUACCCUGCGUCUCGUUGAGGAACAUGGCGACCAGUUUGGGCCUCUGACUCCCGAGAAGGAGAAGAAGCUGCGAAGAAAGCUUUACUGGCACGUGAUGGGACUCUUAUCAGCGAUCAAUCUGCUUCUAUUCAUUGACAAGUCAACUCUCGGAUAUGCUGCCAUUCUCGGCCUUUUCGAAGAAACAGGUAUUAACAAGGCACAAUACAACAAUCUGGGAACAUUCUUCUAUGUCGGAUAUCUUGCUGCACAAUGGCCUGGCCAUUAUCUCAUGCAGAGACUUCCCUUUGGAAAAUUCGUUGCCGGACUAGUCUUCAUGUGGGGAGCUACUAUCCUUCUUCACUGCGUUGCGACCAAAUACGCAGGCCUGGUCGUUCUUCGAAUUGCUCUCGGUGCUGCCGAAUCAGUAGUCGUGCCAGCAAUGGAGAUGACAAUUGGCAUGUUCUUCAACCGCCACGAACAAUCAUUCCUUCAGCCUUUCCUCUGGGUCACAUCAGCUUUGGCACCAGUCUGCGCAGCUUUCAUCUCCUACGGUCUUCUCUGGAGUCAUAGCACGGUACUACCCUGGAAGCUUUUCAUGAUUGUUACUGGAGGCCUGUCCGUUGUGUUAUCUGUGUUUGUUUGGUUCUUCUACCCAAACAACCCCGCCGAGGCUAGGUUCUUGACGCUGGAGGAAAAGGUCCACUCUAUCAAGAGAGUGCACGAGUCGAGUCAGAGUUCCAUCGAACAGAAGCAGUUCAAGAAGACACAAUUUCAGGAGACGCUUCGAGAUCCAGUAUCUUGGCUGUUUGCACUCCAGGCUUUUACCCUUAUGAUGUCCAACAACUUGACAUACGGCCAACAGAAUCUCAUCACUACGGCUCUUGGCGUCGAUGCUCUAGGUUCAACACUUGUUGCUGCAGCUGGCGGUGGUUUUGGAGUCGCGGUUUGUCUUGCUGGAACUUUUGCACUGAAAUGGUGGCCUUCCAACCUUGCUCUUCACGGCCUUGUCUGGUGUAUACCUGCUGUUGCUGGUGGUAUCGGAAUGGUCGCCAUCAACUGGAACGAGAAACUCGGAAUGCUUGCUUGCCUCCUCCUCGCAGGCCAUACCUACGGAAACACUUACAUCAUUGCCCUGGGUUGGGCAACAUCGAGUGCCGCUGGCUACACCAAAAAGCUCACCCGCAACGUCAUGUUCAUGAUUGGCUAUAGUGUUGCAAACUUGAUUUCACCGCAAAUCUGGGUUCCGAAGGAUGCUCCCAGGUAUUACGGAGCUUGGAUCUCCAUGAUUCUUAUCAGCUGGGUGGGAACUCCGGCAGUUUUAUUCGUGAUUCAGUUUAUUCUCAAAAGGAGGAAUAAGGAGCGCAAGGAGUGGGCGGCUGGUUUGAGUGAGGAAGAGAGACUCGCACAUGAGUUUGGGGAAGUUGAGCAGUUGGAUGAGAAUGGUCAGAUUGUUCGAAGAAAGGUCGAAAUUGCCCUCCUGGACCUGACUGAUCUUGAAAACAAGUUCUACAUCUAUCCUAUUUAG